CCUCCUGAGAAUGCUGUUGCUGCUGUUAAUCUUGCAUAACGUGAUCGCUCAUGAUUUUCAAACAGAUGCUACGUAUUCAGUCAAUAUUACGGAGAAAUGCCCUGACGAUAGGUAUUACUACGAAGAGGAUUUGUCUUCAAAUGAAGUGGAUUCAGGCGUCUGUCGGCUUUGUUUCUGUAAAAAUAAUACAGCUGUUUGCUGGCUAAGACCGAAAUAUCAAUGUCAUACCAAGAUUUCUAGGAGAAUGAACAAAAGGUUUGUUGAUUUUUGUUGUUUAGUAUUUAUUAUUGAUAGCUAUUGUUUUAUGAAUUCAGAUAUUUGUGAAUUGGUUUAUUACGCCGGGAGAAAUCGGAGAAGUCCAGAUGCAAAUUUUGGGGUAAAAUAUGCAGUAAAAAACUUUUUCAGUAAAAAGACUUCGCACAGCUGCAAGCCACUCGGCACCACGCUUAGUGACGACUGCCCGCCUGAUGACUGGUGUCUCGGCUGCACAGUCUGUGACUGCGAGAGAUCCGGCCUCUGGAACUGUCACAUUUUGAGUUUCUGCUCCGACAGAAAACUGAAAAAACAUUAUCAAAACAACAAUAAGACUAUCAAACGAACACCAGUGGAAAUACACUCUAAUUUGGACAAUCAAAAUAAAAUCAAUACGACUAAAAUGCACAAACUGGCGAGAAAAAUGGACGUAAAUCAUAAUAAUGUGAAGUCGUGGCGCCAAGAGUUUUCAACAACAUAUCAAUAUCCAUUUUCACCAAAACAUGACGAUAACGUAGUUAUAUUCCAAAAGGAUCUUGUGGAACGAAAGUCUAAAGAUAUACAAGGUGUCAGAAUAAAAAAGAUUAUAAAUGAGAACAAUAUUAACGCCAGAUAUAGCCACAAAGUAGUCCAGAGAGCGAUGGCAGCAGUUCACAAAAUAAUUAAUAAGACCGAAAGAAAUUUCACAAAUUCAACAAAACAUAAAGUUAUUCAUAAACGAUCAAUGCCGCAACAUGAUAUUAAAAAUAACUAUCAACAUCAAACAACAUACGUUAGUCCACAUAUGUAUAAGAAAUCAAGUCCGAAAAGAUUUAGGAAAAAGUUAUCACUCAAUAAAAUAACAAAGGAAGAACUUAGGAAGAAACGGAUAAGAAGAAACAUUACCAACCAAGGUAAUUUUACUUCGACGACAGUUAAAACAGAUUACAAUAAUACUUUAAAAUCACCGCAAGACAAAGUACCAAAUGAGAAGCCAAUAACUUUAAAUGAAUACGAAUAUUACAAAUAUAAUAUAGUGACAGAAGGAAAGUACGAUUUAGUAAAUAAUGAUGGAGUUAAAAUAAAACAUCUAAGUUAUAAUUACACUUAUGGCAAUAAAACCAUUCAACUUCUAAAGAAAACAUCGCAAAACUUGACUGGAACCAAUUUAUGUACAAGUUCUAAUGAAUUAAAUUUAUCAAUAUGGCACGAUGUGAAAGAUAAGAAACAAAAAUUCAAAACCAUAAACAUCACAGAUAUAAAAUAUCUCACGACUUCAGAAAAUGUUAACAACACACUGGAUUAUAAUCAAAUUAAUUUACAAAGAGACAAGAAUAAAAUCAGUUUCGAUGAUUUCGGUCUCGGCAAAGAGAAGGUAACGAAGGAAUCCAGUGAAACUGAAGAUUUGACAUUAAUAAAUAAUAUGCUCAAUAGUAAAGGAAUUUUACAGCACGUUUUCAAAAAACGACCAAGAAAUGUAUCAAAAAAUAGAAAUAUCGGAUCAAAUUUUGAUUUCAUUGGCAAUCUUAGGAGCCUGUUUGAUAAAUUAAAAUUAUUCGAUAAAAAUAAUUUAGUAGAAUCAUUUUGUGUCAAAAACGUAACAUGCAGAAUCUAUCCUCGGGACGAAAUUAAAUUGCAAAUAAAGAUAAAUGAGUUAAAUGGGGAAAUGUACAAAGUCAUGGAAACUAUCAAAAUAAUUAAAAAACUUUUGCAACAAAUGAUUAAUAAUAAAAUCGAAGCUGUCGACUUAAACUUUAAACCAAAUGUAAGCAGUAAUUGUAUCAAAAACGGUACACAGAAUAAAAUGGAGAGACAACUUCAACUGUAUUAUAUCAAGGAUAGCAUUAAAACUUUCAUCAAAUCCAUCGGCAAGUUCUCAUAUAUUCUGCAAGAUAUAAUUUACAUUUUGACUGAUAAGAAAAAUAUGACAAACAAUAAACAAAGAUUACCACAAAGACCAUUGCGCUGCACAAAGGCAAAUGAAGUAGGUAAAUCCAAUUCUAAAACAGCGAUCGCCGAACAACGGUUUAAGAAGAUUAAAAAAGUUUUAGUGAAUUAUAAUGUUUUGCAAAAUACGUUUAUAAAAAAAGUUUAUGAUAUGCUAACAAAAUUAGAAUCCAAUUUAACUCACACGGAAAAGAAAACGAAAGUCAAAAAGCCAGAAAGAUUUGACGACAGUGACUUCACUGCAAGUCUCGCUAUCGAUACGUUUACGAAAAACAUUAUUAACAAUCUGAGAAAGCUGAAAAAUUUAGCUAAAAAAUUAAGUUCUGCAACAACAAAUAGAAGAAAGAGGAGUGCAGUUGGUGACAACGACGCAAUCGAGUAUUUAUUAACAAUUAUGGAAUACUUACUAAAACAAAACUACCCACUGGACGCUGCUCCCGUAAAUGAUGGCAUUGAUUUAUUAAUAGAUGCAAUUAAACAUGCUCCUGAUAUAAAACCAAUUAAGAAAAAAGUUCUUGACAUUUCUACAACAAGGUCAUAUCCGUGGCGAACGGAAAAAGCGACCGCUGAGACAUUUUCGUAUGUAGACAACAUCUAUGGAUUGGAUAGCUUAGACAAAGAAAUUAAUGAUACCUCUGGUUCAGACUACAAUCAAGUCACAUUUUCAAAGACCACGGAUGACGGUAACGAUAAAAUAGAAGAUUUCCAGAAAAUUCUACAAGCUUCUAAGAAAAUUAGUAAUAGUUUUAGAUUAUCGAAUUUUAAUAACAUUCUUAAGAAUGCCAAAUUAAAAUCAAUGUCAACAACAUCUGCUCCUAUUGUUACCACGACCCCUAUGAUCCAAUAUGAUUUUCUCAAAGACAAUAUUGCGGAAUCCGACACAGACACAUCUGUAAAAAUUGAACCUGGAAUUCCAAAUUAUGACCGAAAUGAUAUUGACAGUUUUAAAUCAUUUAACAAUGAAAAUAAACCAGAUAUUGAAGAAGUGUCCCCGAAUUUAAUCAAACUCAAUGAAGACAGUGACGUGGAUAUUCAAGUAACGCUUCCAACUCGAACAAAAGCAACAGUGAGGACAACUCGUAAAUUCCAUCAUAUGGUUCGUGAUAAGUUUGAUAAUCCUAAAAUUGUAGCAUACGUUGGUAAGCCUACAAAAACAUCAAAAAUUGGCUGGGUUGAUUACGAUCUAGGUGAUGAUGGAAGCAAAAAAACUGAAAGGAAAAUAUUCACUAAAUCCACCGAACGAUCUACUGCAUCUGGAGCCGCUUCAAAAAAUCGAGCUCUGUCUACAGCUGAUAAAAACGACGUUAGUGCUAUAUCUAAAGAAAUAAUGGCCGAAGAAAAGAGGAAACAAUUUUAUAAAUUAAUGCCAAAUUCUGAAGUUAGAAAAUUUACGUCACACAAUAUGUUGGAUGACUUGGCGAUAAAGUCUGAACUAGAUUCAGAUUCAAAGGAUACAGAAGGUGAAGAUACGUAUGUGAAUGACGUAUUCCCCUCGUACCUCACAUAGUUCUUUAGCAACACAUAGGUAUUUAAAAAGCUA